AUGUGGACACUCCGUCACGCCGUUCACCAGCGACUUGCGGUCGCCUGUUGUCGGUCUCGCGCGCUCACGGCCGCUGCUAUUGCACAGGGCAAAGUGCCGAUCGAGAACCUCUUUGUGACGUCGACCGAAGGGACAAAGCACACGGCGCCAGUGCUCAUUGGAUUGGCCCAUACGCUCGAGCAAAAGUUCGCCCGAGUGGGCUACUUCCGACCGCUGCAGCCCUUGGGCAGCCGAACGGAUUACCACGUGGAGAUCAUGAGGGACCAAUUGGGAUUACGCGCGAGCGACCACGAGCUCUUCGGGGUCACGAGUGACCGCGCACUUGCGAGUUGGCUCAAUGGCCAACAGGACGACCUCGUCGAAGAGAUCUUGGACCGCUACGAACGCUGUCGAGAGGGCUACGACUUUAUGCUCAUUGAGGGCUCGCAGCUCUCGCGGCACGAGAGUGCCCUGAGCUGGAAAAUCCACGUCGACAUUGCCAAAGCCAUUGGCGCUCCAAUGCUCACGAUCUCUGACUUUAGUGAGUCAACGAGUGCUGAAGACGCUGCAGCACUUGUGGACGAGAUACUCAAUCGCUCGGCACUGAGCGCAGAGCUCGUGGAAAGCACAGGACUCACGUACAUUGGGCACAUUGGCAACCGGGUGCCAACCCGCGAUUCGAAGGCGCUGUGGACGGCACUGCGGGCGCGCGUGGCCGAGCAGGGAGUGCCGUUGCUUGGGUUCCUCCCACAUGACGACUUUCUCGCGUCCAAGCGGCUGAACGAAGUGACGCACCAACUCGGCGCGACGCAGUUGUUUGGCACGAAAGCCAUUCCAAACAACGUGGUCGUUACGUCGGCAGUGGUCGCGACCAGUGCACUGAAGGACCUGUUCUCGCACUUGAAGCACUACAAAGACGGCGCUCUGGUGAUCACGUCGGCCGAUCGCUCGGACGUGAUGCUCGGGCUCAUGGUCUCGCGCCUCCCAGGCAUCCUCCCGAACGUGUCGGCCAUUGUGCUCACGAACGGCAGCUACCCUCACAGCAAUACACAGGAGAUCCUCCAAGGCGUGGAAGCGCUGGACAAGACGGGGCUGUCGAUCCCGAUCUUCUCCGUGCCCGAAGACACGUUCACGACAGCCGACAAGUUCUCGAAAAUGUCGACCGACAUCUUGCCCACGAGUCAGCUCAAGAUUGACCGGUCGAAGCAGCUCUUUGACGAGUUUGUCGACACGGGGAACCUCAUUGGCGAGCUCGAUGAAGGCAUGGUCGUGAAUCGAUCGCCAAAGCAGUUCCAGCACUUUUUGUUCCGCAAGGCCCGUGCCGUGCAGCGGCAUAUUGUGCUCACGGAAGGCGAAGACAUUCGCGUGCUCCAAGCAGCAGACCAAGUGCUGCGGCAGAAGCUGGCAAACGUGACGAUCUUGGGCAAUCCGGACGAGAUCUACCGCCAUGCAAAGGCGCUCAACUUGGAUUUGUCUCGGGCACAGAUUGUCCGCACGGCUGAGAGCGACGUGCUCGAGCACUACGUGAACGUGUACUAUGAGAAGCGCAAGCACAAAGGGGUGACCCGUGAAACAGCUCGCGAUGCUGUGCUGGAGGAAACGUGCUUUGGUACGAUGAUGGUCGAAAUGGGGGAUGCAGAUGGGAUGGUGUCGGGCGCCUGCCACACGACGGCCAACACGAUUCGCCCAGCGCUGCAGCUCAUCAAGACCGCACGCAACCGUCCGAUUGUGUCGAGCAUCUUUUUCAUGUGCCUCGACGACGGAGUGCGGAUCUACGGGGACUGCGCCGUGAACACGGAUCCCAGUGCACAAGAGUUGGCUCAGAUUGCAGUGACGAGUGCCGAGAGCGCCGAGGCGUUUGGCUUGAUCCCUAAGGUCGCCCUGCUGUCGUAUGCGACGGGGGACUCGAACUCGGGUCCGAUUGUGGACAAGGUGCGGGAAGCGACGAAGAUUGCACAGGCGUUGCGGCCAGAUCUCGAUAUCUACGGUCCGAUUCAGUACGAUGCUGCCGUGGAUGCUUCGAUUGCCAAGACGAAGCUCAAGGCGAUUCCAAGUGGCGCGAGAGUCGGUGGUCAAGCGAACGUGCUGAUCUUCCCAGACCUGAACACGGGCAACAACACGUACAAGGCCGUGCAGCAGAGCACGGGCUGCAUUGCCAUGGGCCCGAUGCUGCAAGGUCUGCGCAAACCUGUGAACGAUCUGAGCCGAGGCGCAACAGUGAAGGACAUUGUGACGACCGUUGCAAUCACGGCAAUUCAGGCGGAUCAAGUGAUUCAAGAACGGGAUGCCAAAGCCGAUGCUGCUGCUGUAUGA